GUGAGGUAGUGCGAAGUUUAAGUGGUCGUGAGCGCGGUACCCGGGGACAGGGAUCUGGAGGGUGGCUGGUGCUGGCUGACGGAAGAGUUCAUCUGUGGACGCCGCCGCUACUAAGCACCUCGGCGCCUGGCCCCAGGGCUUUGCCUGAAAUGGACAGCCGCAUUCCUUAUGAUGACUACCCAGUGGUUUUCCUGCCUGCCUAUGAGAAUCCUCCAGCUUGGAUUCCCCCUCAUGAGAGAGUGUACCACCCAGACUACAACAAUGAGUUGACCCAGUUUCUGCCCCGAAUCGUCACACUGAAGAAGCCUCCUGGUGCUCAGUUGGGAUUUAACAUCCGAGGAGGAAAGGCCUCCCAGCUAGGCAUCUUCAUCUCGAAGGUGAUUCCAGAUUCUGAUGCACAUCGAGCAGGACUUCAAGAAGGGGACCAAGUUCUAGCUGUGAAUGAUGUGGAUUUCCAAGAUAUUGAGCAUAGCAAAGCUGUUGAGAUCCUGAAGACAGCCCGUGAAAUCAGCAUGCGUGUACGCUUCUUUCCCUACAAUUAUCAUCGCCAAAAAGAGAGGACUGUGCACUAAAGAUUUGCAGGCUACAGCCCUCCAUGUGGAAUCUGCCAGGAAAUCAAUAGAAAAAAGAAUCUUGAAAACCUUCCAUCUGAUUUGCCUGGCCAUGUCAUCCAAUCCUUGUACUAUCUGAAGUCCCAUUAUACUUUGAAGACUCCAAAGAGACACUAUUUUUGACCCUUCCUCCUCAUUUCCCCAAAGUGUAACAAGUACUGAAUAAAUGUGACUUGAAUGCUA